UCUGCAGCACUCACCAAGACCAGCAAAGGGCAGCAGCGUCCUGCCCUGCGCCCUGGGAAAAGGGGCGGGCCACAAGGGGCUGGGCUCCUGGGCCAGUCUGGGAUGCGUUGGGCUGGGGCAAUUGCAUUGUGGGGAGGGAGGCUGGGGCUCCAGCGAGACACACUCCAAACCUCCAGGUACUCCUAAGGCCUGCAAGGGGCCCACUCAGGACAAUGCCCCCCACAGCCAUCUUGUGCCGGUCACCACUGCCCUGGGGCAGCUGAUCUGAGGAGACGGACCACACUGCCCAGGAGACACGACCGCUGUAACUCCUUAGUGGAGACCCCCUGUGAUGGCGCGCUGGCCUCCCUGCUGCCUCCAUCUCCUGCUGUUGCUGCUACCGUCCCUGUGUGGAGCCCAUCGCUUCUCUGCACCCAACACCACGUUGAACCACUUGGCGCUGGCACCGGAGCGGGGCACACUGUACGUGGGGGCCGUGAACCGCCUCUUCCAGCUCAGCCCUGAGCUGCAGAUGGAGGCUGUGGCCAUCACCGGCCCUGUCAUCGACAGUCCUGACUGCCUGCCUUUCCGUGACCCAGCCGAGUGCCCACAGGCCCGGCUCACUGAUAAUGCCAACCAGCUCUUGCUGGUGAGCAGCAGGGCCCAGGAGCUGGUGGCUUGUGGGCAGGUAAGGCAAGGUGUAUGCGAGAAGCGGCGCCUUGAGAAUGUGACUGAGGUACUGUACCAGGCCGAAGACCCUGGUGAUGGGCAGUUUGUGGCUGCCAACACCCCAGGAGUGGCCACCGUGGGGCUGGUGGUGCCCUUGCCAGGCCAAGACCUCUUGCUGGUGGCCAGAGGCCUAGCUGGGAAGUUGUCGGCGGGGGUGCCACCGCUAACUGUACGCCAGCUGGCUGGGCCACAGGCCUUCUCCAGUGAGGGCUUGGGCCGCCUGGUGGUGGGCGACUUCUCAGACUACAACAACAGCUAUGUAGGGGCUUUUGCUGAUGCCCACUCUGCCUACUUCGUUUUCCGCCGCCGAGGGGCCCGGGCCCAGGCUGAGUACCGCUCCUAUGUGGCCCGUGUCUGCCUGGGAGACGCCAACCUUUACUCCUACGUGGAAGUGCCCUUUGCCUGCCAGGGCCAAGGCCUCAUCCAGGCUGCCUUCCUUGCCCCUGGCACCCUGUUAGGGGCAUUUGCUGCAGGCCCGAAGGGGACCUCUGGGGCUCUGUGUGCGUUUCCCCUGGCCGCGCUGGAUAGGAGCAUAGAGGAGGCACGGCGACUGUGCUACACGAGUGGCGGCCGGAGCCCCAGCGGCGUAGAGGAAGCCACCGUGGAGUAUGGUGUCACAUCACGCUGUGUCACCCUGCCCCCUGACUCCCCGAAGUCAUAUCCCUGUGGUGAUGAACAUACCCCCAGCCCGAUUUCUGGCCGCCAGCCCCUGGAGGCCCAGCCUCUGCUCCAAUUGGAGCAGCCCAUCAGUGCCGUAGCAGCGCUCCACGCAGAUGGGCACACAAUAGCCUUCCUAGGGGACACCCAGGGCCAGCUACACAAGGUCUUUCUCAACAGCUCUCAAGGCCAGGUGUAUCACUCUCAACAAGUGGGGCCUCCGGGCUCAGCCAUCAGCCCAGACCUACUGUUGGACAGUAGUGGUGGCCACCUGUAUGUCCUGACUGCUCAGCAGGUGGACCGGGUGCCGGUGGCAGCCUGCCCUCAGUUCCUGGACUGUGCUAGCUGCCUUCUUGCCCGGGACCCGUUGUGUGGCUGGUGCAUCCUCCAGGGCAGUUGUACCCGGAAAGGCCAGUGCAGACGGGCAGCCCAGCCCAACCAGUGGUUAUGGAGCUAUGAGGACAGUCGCUGUCUCCACAUCCAGAACCUGCUGCCAGCCCACCAUGCCCGCCAGGAGCAGGGCCAGGUGAUCUUGUUUGUCCCCCGGCUGCCCAACCUGGCUGCGGAUGAAUACUUCCAUUGCGCCUUUGGGGACCAUGACAGUCUGGCUCAUGUAGAAGGGCCCCGCGUGACCUGUGUCACCCCUCCACAAGACCAAGUGCCUCUUAACCCUCCAGGCAGAGACCAUGUCACUUUGCCCCUGGCUCUGAUGUUUGAGGAUGUGACUGUGGCUGCCACCAACUUCUCCUUCUAUGACUGCAGCGCUGUCCAGGCCUUGGAGGUGGCCGCCCCGUGCCGCACCUGUGUGGGCAGCUUCUGGCGGUGCCAUUGGUGCCCUCAGAGCAACCACUGCACACAUGGAGAGCACUGCCCCGAGGGCGAGAGGACAGUGUACAGUGCCCAGGAGGUGGACAUCCAGGUGCGUGGCCCAGGGGCUUGUCCCCAGAUUGAAGGCCUAGCAGGUCCCCACUUGGUGCCCGUGGGCUGGGAGAGCCAUUUGGCCCUGCGUGUUCGGAAUCUCCACUAUUUCCGAGGCCUGCCUGCCUACAACUGCUGGCUGGAGCUGCCCCAAGAACUGAAGCGGGUACCAGCCUCCCUAGAGAACACAGCUGGAGACGCAGGCCUCAUUCACUGCCAGGCCCAGCAGUUCCACUUGUCUCUGUCCCGGCGGGAGCUCCCAGUGCCUGUCUACGUCACUUGGGGUGAGGUCCAACGUCUGGACAAUGCUCAAGCGAUUCAUGUGACCCUGUACGACUGCACCGUGGGCCACCCUGACUGCAGCCACUGCCAGGCAGCCAAUAGGAGCCUGGGCUGCCUGUGGUGUAGCAAUGGCCAGCCUGCCUGUCGCUAUGGCCCGCUCUGCCCACCAGGGUCUGUGGAGCACGUGUGUCCCACACCCAGCAUUGAUGCGAUUGAGCCCCUGACCGGCCCCCCAGAGGGUGGCUUGGCCCUCACUAUCCUGGGCUCCAACCUGGGCCGGGAUUUUACCGAUGUGCAGGAUGCUGUGAGUGUGGCUGGCCAGCCCUGCAGUCCGGACCCCUUUCUCUACCGCACCUCCACCCGGAUUGUGUGUGUGACAUCUCCUGCUCCCAAUGGCACCUCUGGGCCAGUCCAAGUGGCCAUUAAGAGUCGGUCCCCUGGCGUCUCCACCCAGCACUUCACCUAUCAGGACCCCAUCCUGCUGAGCCUGAGUCCUCGCUGGGGCCCCCAGGCAGGGGGUACCCAGCUCACUAUCCACGGGCAGCACCUCCAGACAGGAGGCAAUAUCAGCACCUUUGUGGGUGGCCAACCCUGCCCCAUCCUGGAACCUGUAUGUCCAGAGGCCAUUGUGUGCCGCACCCUGCCCCAGGCCAUGCCAGGAGAAGCUGUGGUCCUUGUGGUUUUUGGCCAUGCUGAACGCAAGCUGCUCACCAGUCCUUUUCGCUACAUGGCCAACCCUCAGCUUGUGGCAGCGGAACCCAGUGUCAGCUUCCGCGGGGGUGGGCGGCUGAUCCGCGUCAGGGGUACAGGCCUGGAUGUGGUGUGGCGCCCCUUGUUAUCUGUGUGGCUGGAAGCUGGGAUGGAGGACAAGACUUUGGAGGCCCAGCCCCAGGAACUGAACUCAAGGAGGAGCUGCGGUGCCCCUGCUGCAGACCCUCAUGCCUGUAUUCAGCUUGAGGGGGGCUUGUUGCAAUGCUCCACAGUCUGUUGGGUCAACUCGUCCAGCCUCCUCCUGUGCCGCAGCCCUGCAGUGCCAGACGGGGCAUACCCGAAGCGGGUCUUCUUUGCCCUAGACAAUGUGCAUGUGGACUUCGCCAGUGCCAGUGGGGGCCAGGCUUUCCUGUACCAGCCCAAUCCCCGUCUGGCACCUCUGAGUCGCGAGGGGCUUGCCCGCCCCUACCGCCUCAAGCCAGGCCACGUCUUGGAUGUAGAGGGGGAGGGCCUCAACCUGGGCAUCAGCAAGGAGGAGGUGAGGGUGCACAUCGGUGAUGGCGAGUGCCUGGUGAAGACGCUCACGCUCACCCACCUGUACUGCGAGCCACCCCCACGUGCCCCGCAACCCACCAACAGCUCCAGCGCCCUGCCGCAGUUCGUGGUGCAGAUGGGCAAUGUCCGCCUGGCCCUGGGCCCUGUUCAGUACGAGGCGGAGCCCGUGAUGUCCGCCUUCCCCGUGGAGGCACAGGUGGGCCUGGGCAUGGGUGCUGCCGUGCUCACCACCGCCGUGCUGCUCCUGACCCUCAUGUACAGGCACAAGAGCAAGCAGGCCCUGCGGGACUACCAGAAAGUUCUAGUGCAGCUGGAGAACUUGGAGACUGGGGUGGGCGACCAGUGCCGCAAAGAGUUCACAGACCUCAUGACCGAGAUGACGGACCUCAGCAGUGACCUGGAGGCCAGCGGGAUCCCCUUCCUGGACUACCACACCUACGCUGAGCGCGCCUUCUUCCCCGGCCACGGUGGCUGUCCCCUGCAGCCCGAGUUGCAGGGGUGUGGGGAGGAGGCCCGUCGAGCCACCGUGUGCCAGGGCCUCACCCAGCUCUCCAACCUGCUCAACAGCAAGCUCUUCCUUCUCACACUCAUCCACACCCUGGAGGAGCAGCCCAGCUUCUCCCAGAGGGAUCGCUGCCACGUGGCUUCGCUGCUGUCUCUGGCACUGCACGGCAAGCUGGAGUACUUGACUGACAUCAUGAGGACCUUGCUUGGUGACCUGGCGGCCCAUUACAUCCACAAGAACCCCAAACUUAUGCUGCGCAGGACGGAGACCAUGGUGGAGAAGCUGCUCACCAACUGGCUGUCCAUCUGUCUCUAUGCCUUCCUGAGGGAGGUGGCUGGCGAGCCCCUGUACAUGCUUUUCCGAGCCAUAAAGUACCAGGUGGACAAGGGCCCUGUGGAUGCCGUGACAGGCAAGGCAAAACGGACGCUGAAUGACAGCCACCUGCUGCGGGAGGACGUGGAGUUCCAGCCCCUGACGCUGAUGGUGCUGGUGGGCCCAGGGACUGGCGGGGUGGCAGGGAGCAGCGAAGUGCAGCGAGUGCCAGCCCGGGUGCUCGACACAGACACCAUCACCCAAGUUAAGGAGAAGGUGUUGGACCAAGUCUACAAGGGCACCCCUUUCUCCCAGAGGCCUUCAGUGCAGGCCCUAGACCUUGAGUGGCGCUCAGGCCUGGCUGGCCACCUGACCCUCUCGGAUGAGGACUUGACCUCAGUGACUCAAAACCACUGGAAGAGACUCAACACCCUGCAGCAUUACAAGGUCCCAGAUGGAGCGACUGUGGGGCUCAUCCCGCAGCUACACAAUGGCGGUGCUGUGUCCCUGAGCCUGGCCCAGAGCUGCCCUUCUGGAGAGAACAUCCCCAUGCUAGAAGAUGCAGAAGAGGACGGCCUACGGCUGUGGCACCUAGUGAAAGCGGCUGAGGAGCCGGAAGGGGCCAAAGCCAGGCGCAGCAGUCUCCGGGAGCGGGAGCGGGAACGGGCUCGGGCCAAGGCCAUUCCAGAAAUCUACCUCACCCGUCUAUUGUCCAUGAAGGGCACCCUGCAGAAGUUCGUGGACGACACCUUCCAGGCCAUCCUCAGUGUGAACCGGCCAGUGCCCAUCGCCAUCAAGUACCUGUUUGACUUCCUGGAUGAGCUGGCCGAGAAGCAUGGCAUCGAGGACCCUGAGACCCUGCACAUCUGGAAGACAAACAGCCUGUUGCUGCGGUUCUGGGUGAGCACGCUGAGGAACCCACAGCUCAUCUUUGAUGUGCGAGUGCCUGACAAUGUGGACGCCAUCUUGGCUGUCAUUGCGCAGACCUUCAUUGAUUCCUGCACAAUCUCAGAACAUAAAGUGGGCCGGGAUUCCCCGGUGAAUAAACUGCUCUACGCCCGGGAGAUCCCUCGCUACAAGCAGAUGGUGGAGAAAUACUAUGCAGACAUUCGCCAGAGCUCUCCCGCCAGCUACCAGGAGAUGAACUCUGUUCUGGCUGAGCUCUCAGGGAACUACACCUCUGCCUCUCACUGUCUGGAGACUCUGCAGGAACUCUACAACCACAUCCAUAGGUAUUAUGACCAGAUCAUUAGUGCCCUAGAAGAGGACCCUGUGGCCCAGAAGAUGCAGCUGGCCUGCCGCCUACAGCAAAUUGCUGCCCUGGUAGAGAACAAAGUGACUGACUUGUGAGUUUGACUCACAGCAGCGUGGAGACUACUAGCAAGCAGGACCCAGCACUGGCAGUGUCUCAUGACCCCGGGGCCCCGCCAGUGACCAAGGAGGGGCUGGCAAAGCCUGGGUGUGAUAUGGUACCCGCCAUCUACCAUUCCCCCGCUUAUUUCUAAUUUAUACCAAUCCUUACCCCCUCUCCCACUGUAUUUAUUUGCUUGCUGGAGAAUCACAUCUGGGAAUAAAAUACAAAUACAUCUUUUU